AUGACGGCAAUAACCCCAAAAGAACUAAAUCAACUUACUGAAGACACCGGACUAAGCAAAUUAUCAAUACAAGAUUGGCAUAAACGUUUCAUUCAAGAAUGUCCGACUGGUAGCAUAUCAAAAGAACGAUAUAUUAAUUUAUAUCGUUCAUAUUAUCCUCGUGCACGUAACUCGGAUGCAUACGCUCAAAUGUUAUUUACUGCAUUUGAUGAUGAUCGUGAUCAAGCAUUAAAUUUUCGUGAAUUUCUACGUGUUGUUGCCGUUAGUCAAGGUACAGAUGAAAAAGCCAAACUUGAACUUGCUUAUAAAGCAUAUAAUCGUAAUCAAUCGGAUGCUAAUUUACCACGUAAAGAAAUACAAAAUGCGAUUACGGCUAUAUUAAAUUUGGUUGCAACACAAGAUGAUACAGAUGAAAACAAUGAUACCGAUAAAAGGCAAACAACAAUUGAAUGGGCUAUGAAACGUUUAGGUCUCGAUGAGAAAACGGAAAUAACUAAAAAAGAAUUUAUUCGACGUUGUAAAACUGAUCAAAAUCUGUAUGAAUUUUUGGCAUUUCAUUGUGUACCAAAACCGAAUGGUCCCGAUGGCGAUCUGCGUGGAAAAGAAAAAUAUAAAAUAUCUAUUAAAACUGGUACUGAAGGAAAAAAAUUUCUGUUAAAAACGUCCGGUACAGAUGCAAAUGUUUAUUUAAUAAUUCAUGGAGAAACGGCAAGUUCAGAUUCCGUACAAUUACAAAAUUCCCAAACGUAUAAAGAUCCAUUUGAAUCUGGACAUACAGAUGUGUUUGUGCAAUUUUUACCACAGUUAGGUAAAAUAAAAGGUGCAACACUGUGGCAUACAGGCGAUAAAUCUCAAGGUUGGUUUGUUGAACAUUUAUCAAUUACAAAUGAAGCGUCAAAUAUAACAACAAAUUUUCCUGUACAACGCUGGCUUGAUGUUGAUGGAUACGAUAAAAUGACAAAAAUUGAACUUGUUCCAAACGAACCGCCUGGUUAUGCUCAAUAA